AUGGCGAAGGGCCACCCGUGGACGUGGUGGGGUCAAGGCGUUCGUGGCCCGGCUGUCGCCAUCGUGUUUCUCAUUUCUUUGUUGCAUGGGUCGCGCCGCCGGGUUUCUAGAUAUCCGAUCCAACGCAAAGGUGGAAAACUUCCCCCCUGCUCUGGGGGCUUGGUCUGGCUGGCCUACUACCUACCUGCUCCAUCUCAAAUAUGGAAUGUUAUUAUUAAUGCUGUCUUGUUAGCUCUCCGCCCUCCAGCCUUUCUGGUUCCGGCAAGGCCUGUUUCUUCCUGGCCUGCACUGACUUGUCGACGGCUUUUUGUCGCCAGUGAACUACGCCUGUUCGUUUCAGUGAACCCCGAGCCUUCCCGAGCGGUGACGACGAGAUCUUGGACGCCAUCGAUUGCUAGCAUACAUAGCUCGCCGGGCUUUUUGGUUCUUAUUGCAUUUGUCUCUGCAGUGGCAUUGCUGUUUAAUUUCACCACUUCAACAAACAGUAUAAUGACAACCUUCGAUGAUACCCACAUAUACCACUCUUCUUCUGCAAUCUCGACCUCUCAUAAACGAAAACGCGCUGGCUCUGAUAGCCUGCCACUUACGCCGCCUUUAUCCGCGAGCGAUUCAGAAGGAACCCGUCUCCUCUCCCGCGCCGUCAACGUCCUUUCCACUGCCGCCACUGCACUGUCGCAGGUGACUAUUCUGUACCAGUCUGACCAUGUUGCGCGGGAUGGUCUGCUGCGAGCAGUCGAAGUCUUGACUAAUGUCAAUGACGCUGGGGGCAAGCUGAUCAUCUGUGGAGUGGGAAAGAGCGGGCUCGUGGGCCGGAAGAUGGUAGCUACCAUGAAAAGUCUGGGCAUAGCGAGUUCCUUCCUGCACGCCGCAGAAGCGCUGCAUGGGGAUCUUGGAGACAUCAAAAAGCGUGAUGCAAUCAUGUUUAUCUCCUACUCUGGAAAGACGGCCGAGUUGAUGGCUCUCCUCCCCCAUAUCCCACUGCACACCCCGAUUCUGGCCAUAACUUCUCACACAAAGCCCUCGGACUGUCCUCUGAUAAAUCAGCGUCCGAAUGCGGUCCUUCUUCCCGCCCCAAUCCACGAGCUCGAAGAAGUCUCAUUCGGCGUAUGCGCACCCACAACAAGCACAACAGUUACAAUCGCCGUUGGCGACAUGCUGGCCUUGACUGUAGCUGAAGCUCUGCACGAAGAAGAAACGGAAACUGUCUUUCGCAAGAACCACCCUGGCGGUGCUAUUGGAGCAAAAGCAAGACGGAUAGAUGAACCAGAGGCUGACACGGCGGAUGGCGAAUGUGAUGGAUUGAUCACGCCUCCAUGA